AUGCGGCUCCUGUUCCUGGCGGUGCUGCGGCCGCACACGGGCAACGCGGUCACGGCGCAGCGGGUCCGGGACCACCUCGAAGCGGCGGGUCACGUGUGCCUUCUGAGAGACGCCUUCGACUUUGACAGCCCGGCGGCCGUCGCGGCCCUCAUCCAGGCGGAGGGCUUGGAGGCGGCCUUGGCUCUCCACCUGUACCGGGGGGGCCGGCUCCUGCGAGGUCAUGGCAUCCCCUUUGGAGUUGUCUUCGGUGGAACUGACUUAAACGAAGACGUGCACCAGGGAGAGAAAAACCAAGUGAUGGGGAAGGUCCUCGAGGAAGCCAGAUUCGCCGUGGCGUUCACGGAGGCCAUGAAGGCGGCGGCGCACCGGCACUGGCCGCAUGCUAAGAGUAAAAUCUACGUCCAGAGUCAAGGGAUCACAACCACGCCGGACGCCGCCUUCCGCUGGGACGCCUUCCUGCAGGGCGCAGGGAUCAACCAGAGUGCUGACAACCUACACCUGUUUCUCCUGAUCUGCGGCCUCAGACCUGUCAAAGACCCUCUGUACCUGGUGGACGCGUUCUCAGAAUGGCACCGGGAAGAGCCCAGCGCGUACCUGGUGAUCGUGGGCCCUGAAGUCGACCCCGAGUUUUCGCGGGAAGUGAGAGCCAAAGUGCAGAGGUCCGCGGGGGUGCGGCUGGUCCCGGAGAUGCGGCAGGGGGAGCUCCACGCAGUCAUGAAGAAUUGCUUCGCUCUGGUGAACAGCUCCGUCUCCGAGGGCAUGUCCGCGGCCAUUCUGGAGGCGAUGGACCUGGACGUCCCAGUGCUGGCCAGGAACAUCCCGGGCAACGCGGCCGUGGUGCGGCACGGGGUCACGGGGCUGCUGUUUUCCGAUCCUCAGGAGUUUGUCCAGCUGGCGCAGAGGCUGAUCCGCGACCCCGCAUUAGGAGGGGAGCUGGUGGCCAACGGGAGGAAGUACGUGAGCACGUACCAUUCCUGGUGGGCGGAGAGAGACACCUACCAGCGCCUCGUGCGGACGCUCCAGGGGGACUCGGACUGGCAGGCUGCUGACCAGCGCCCCCGUUAAUGAGUCUGAUGGACACCAGGGUCCAGGCCCCCUGUCCGGGCAUCGAGAGCAGACGGAGGGAGCCGCAGAGCCCUGGCUGGAGUGGACGGCUCCGUCUGCCCGGGGCGCCUGGAUGCCGUGAAGGGCCCGGCGUUCCCGGUCCCGUCCCUCGGCGCUGCUGGAUAUAAAGUGCCCCUGUCUGGAGCUGGACUCUGUCCCUGGUUGAAGGACAUCGAGACGCUCGACCCCGCGGUGCCUCUCAUCACCAGGGUCUGUCCGCACAUCCACCGCACACGCCUCGUGCGCUCGGGGGAGGGGUCAGUCCAAGCGAAUAAAGUGAAG